AUGCAGGAUGAAGAUGGAUACAUCACCUUAAAUAUUAAAACUCGCAAGCCAGCUCUCACCUCAGUUGACCCUGCUUCCUCGUCAUUGUGGCGGGUAAUGGCUUUGAUUCUGCUGGUCUUGUGCAUUGGGCUGGUUGUUGGACUCGUGGCUCUGGGGAUUAUGUCUGUCACACAACAAAACUAUCUACAAAUUGAGAAUAAAAAUUUCUCAGGAAUUCUGCAACAAUUAUUAGCAAACCAGUUCUGCCAAGAUUUAAUGAAACCAUCAGAACAGAAGGACAGUUUCAGCCAUAAGGAAAGCCCAUGUGACAAAAAUUGGAGAUAUUAUGAAGGUAAUUGCUAUGGAUUCUUCAGGCACAACCUGACUUGGGAAGAGAGUAAGCAGUACUGUGCCAACAUGAAUGCCACUCUGCUGAAGAUUGCCAGCCAGAACAUUCUGGAAUAUAUCAAAUCCAGGACUGGAUUAAUUCGUUGGGUAGGACUGUCCCGCCAGAAUGCCAAUAAAGUCUGGAAGUGGGAAGAUGGCUCAGUUCCCUCCAAAAAUAUGUUUGAGCUUUCUGAAAAUGCAAAAGAAAAUAUGAAUUGUGCUUAUUUUCAUAAUGGGAAAAUUCACCCUAGCUUCUGCAAGAACAAACAUUAUUUAAUGUGUGAUAAAAAGGCAGGCAUGGCAAAGGUGGCCAAACUACUUUAA